UAUCAUUUUCAAUAGAAAAUCAUCUGUAUAUAUUACUCUGUUGUGUUGUGUUGUGGUGUCUCACUCUCACUCUUGUUUCUUGCUUUGUUCUGUGGUCUCUCUCAGUCUCAUCUCAUCUCCUCCAAUGGCAACAACUCAAGGCCAAGUCAUUACCUGCAAAGCUGCGGUGGCCUGGGAACCCAACAAGCCUUUGACCAUUGAAGACGUUCAGGUGGCUCCGCCGCAGGCCGGUGAGGUUCGAGUCAAAAUCCUCUACACCGCUCUCUGUCACACCGAUGCUUACACCUGGAGUGGCAAGGAUCCAGAAGGUCUCUUCCCUUGUAUCCUUGGCCAUGAAGCUGCAGGGGUUGUGGAAAGUGUUGGAGAAGGUGUUACUGAGGUUCAGCCAGGGGAUCAUGUGAUUCCCUGUUACCAGGCUGAGUGUAGGGAAUGCAAGUUUUGCAAGUCUGGGAAGACUAACCUGUGUGGCAAGGUUCGCUCUGCCACUGGAGUUGGGGUCAUGCUUGAGGAUCGUAAGAGCCGGUUCUCUAUUAAUGGGAAGCCCAUCUACCAUUUCAUGGGAACUUCCACGUUUAGUCAGUACACUGUUGUUCAUGAUGUUAGCGUGGCUAAGAUUGAUCCUAAGGCUCCUCUGGAGAAGGUUUGUCUUCUCGGAUGUGGGGUUCCAACUGGCCUCGGUGCUGUCUGGAACACUGCAAAAGUGGAACCAGGGUCAACUGUUGCAAUUUUUGGCCUAGGAACUGUUGGCCUUGCUGUUGCAGAGGGUGCAAAAACUGCUGGAGCAUCCCGGGUUAUUGGUGUAGAUAUUGACAGUAAUAAGUUUCAAAUAGCAAAGGACUUUGGAGUCACAGAGUUUGUUAACCCAAAAGAUCACGAGAAACCGAUUCAGCAGGUCAUAGCUGAUCUCACCGAUGGUGGGGUUGAUUAUAGCUUUGAGUGCAUUGGGAAUGUCUCCGUGAUGAGAUCUGCCUUGGAAUGUACCCACAAGGGCUGGGGGACAUCAGUUGUUGUGGGCGUUGCAGCAUCAGGGCAGGAAAUAUCAACUCGCCCUUUCCAGUUGGUAACUGGGCGUGUCUGGAAAGGAACCGCAUUUGGUGCCUUCAAGAGCAGGUCACAAGUGCCUUGGCUUGUUGAAAAGUACUUGAAGAAGGAAAUCAAGGUUGAUGAGUACAUAACACAUAAUAUGACUCUUGAGGAGAUCAACCAGGCUUUUGAUCUUAUGCAUGAAGGGAAAUGUCUCCGAGUUGUGCUUGCAAUGCAUGGAUAAGGUGAUAUAGUCCACAACCUUGCAAGUUUCAGAUGGAAUGUGUGUGUUGGGUUGCUUUUCCAUUUUGGGGUGGUUGCAGUUAAAUAAAUCUUCAGUGGCUAUAAUAUGUAAGAUCAUAUGGUUUAUAUUAUGGAUGUGGUUUCUUCCAAAUCUUUGUGCAAACUUUUGAUCUAGAGGCCUUUGCAAUGGAUACAUAAGCGAGUUAUGACUGA